AUGUCUAAGAGGUUACCGAACCAAAGCAAGAAUACUCACGAUAGUACACGCAGAGUGUUCUCUGUUGAUUACGACUCUAAUGAGUUCCAUAACGAACCCCGUUAUCAUAGGGGGUGUCAGGAUGGGAUGAACGUAAACAAAAAUCACCGUGGGAGUACUCUCAAUGCAAGUGCUACUGCACCAUCGUUGUUAGGCGGCGUGGGAUGUGGAUCGGUUGGUGCAUCUAUCAGACCCAGCUUAGAACAGAAGCACUCGAGGUUUUCGAUUGAUGAUGAUAACGAUGAGAUUGGUGUUCAAGAUAACCACCAUGACAUGGUGUUACCGCCUACAAUAGAAGACCAGGAGUCGAUAACAACGGUCGAAUCUUACACUUUACGGGAAAGACAGGAAGCUAUUAACGAGACCCAUCCUUUUGGGAUAAGAAUUUGGAAGCCUGCAUUGUAUAAAAAGCAGCGAUCUGUUCAGAAGGCUGCUAACGAGGAUAUACAUGAGACUAAAUACAGGCAUGUUUCUCUUUCGUUGCAUUUUUCGAAUGUUCUAUGGUCAUUAACUUUAGGUUUGUUCAUGUAUUUGGUUCUAACGCUGGGUGGUGUUCUGGUUAUUUCUUUGGGCUUGUGGACGGAAUCAGCUCAAGAUUACUCUAGAGUGUUUUUCAAACUGGGUAGGUACCUUUUAUGGCCUUUUGGGAAGGUUGUAUAUAUUGUCUCUGACCAACAUUAUUUACUCGAGGACAAAGAUGAAGGUAUCAGUAUGCAUCAGUUCUAUAAAUGGAUUAGUUCCACUGGAAAUAGACUGUUUUUUCAUCAAAUGGGAACGAAUAUGCAAUCUCCAUUGACAUUUCAGAGAGAUACUACUUAUGAUUCUAUAAUUCGUGACAUAAAUACCGAAUCUGAUGAGGCACAAGAUUUAGCCACAGAUUCUGUGCCUCAAAGAAGACUAUUUGGACGUGGUCAAUGGUCCGUGGGAAGAAUUGCAUUUUAUGCCUUGUUUCACGUAGUUAUUCAACCGACUAUGAUGUUCUUGGUUGCAAUAACAUGGUUGGCAGUCUUCACGAUCCCUAUGAGUAAUAUUAUGUGGAAUCUAAUGUACCAUUGCAGAAGACACCCAUUAGCAUUGGAGUUUAAGCAUGUCAAGAACUCUGAUCUUCCUACUACGGCUGAUCAAGAAAUGGAAACUAAAAAUGUCUUGCUGUGUACAUUCCGUUGUGCCGGAUUGCAUUAUUAUAAGUUUACUGUUGAUGGAACAAAUAUAAUUGUAAUGAAUUUAAUCGCAAUCGUGUUUUUCACGAUUUUUAAUUUUUACAUGAUUAAAGGAUAUUUUGGUGCCACCAUUUGGUUAACUCAAGAUUCAGUUAUAUUUUUAUUUUGUUUAUUAUCCAUUAUUCCUUUAGCGUUUUAUAUUGGCCAAGCAGUUGCAUCUAUUUCUGCACAAACUUCGAUGGGUGUUGGUGCUGUUUUGAACGCCUUUUUUACUACAGUUGUAGAAGUUUUCUUAUAUUGCAUUGCGUUAAUACAAUCUAAGGGCUUACUGGUUGAGGGUUCGCUGAUUGGUUCUUUAUUGGGAGCAGUUUUGUUAUUACCUGGAUUGUCUAUGUGUGGAGGUGCAUUGAAAAGGAAAACUCAACGCUACAAUCCUGCUAGUGCAGGUGUUUCAAGCGCUAUGUUGAUAUUUUCUAUGAUGGUUAUGUUCGUUCCUACAAUAUUAUAUGGCAUUUACGGUGAAUGGGACAUGAUUUGCAAACAGACUCCUAAUCUUUUGACGAAAAGCUGCAACUUUAUUCAGCCGCCAUUGAAGUUUGAUAAUAUGUAUCUCAAGGUGAUAAAGCCAAUCUCCAUCAUCUGCGCGGUUGUUCUAUUCUUGGCUUAUAUAAUAGGUUUAUGGUUUACUUUAAGGACGCAUGCUGCAAUGAUAUGGCAGAUGCCAAUAACAGAUCAACGUCAACAACAAUCACAACCGUUACAGCAACAGCAACAACAACAACAACAACAAAAUCAACAUCAACAUCAAGCUCAGUCAGUUGGUCGUCGUGAACAAUACUCAAAUGCUGCAGGUAUCUCUUUUAACAGUGUUGGUCCCCCAUUAUAUGAACAAAAAGGCCAUUCUGGACCAAACUGGUCACGUACCAAGUCAACCUACAUUUUAUUGGGGGCUAGUAUUUUAUACGCUGUGAUCGCCGAGAUUUUGGUUUCCUGUGUCGACGGAGUGUUGACAAAGAUACCCUCAGUAAGCCCCAAGUUCCUCGGUUUGACUAUUUUUGCGUUGGUUCCAAACACUACUGAGUUUUUAAAUGCCAUAUCAUUUGCUAUUAACGGCAAUGUUGCAUUAUCCAUGGAAAUCGGAAGUGCUUACGCUUUACAGGUCUGUUUGCUACAAAUUCCUGCAUUAGUAAUUUAUUCUCUAAUCUACACAAUGAAUAUGGAUGAAUCACAGAUUAACAUCCGAGACCAAAUGUUUGCCCUGGUGUUUCCACGCUGGGACCUUAUCGCGUGUGUCAUUUCAGGGUUUUUGUUUACAUAUUUAUACGCUGAAGGCAAGUCUAACUACUUCAAGGGUUCCAUUUUGAUUUUACUUUACAUUGUAACAAUUGUAGGAUUCUAUUUUCAAGAUCUGAUGGACGAAUAUUUAAAAAUCUGA